AUGUCAGGAAUCUUGAAAAGCUUUUCGCGCUCAGCGCCCAUUGCGAGUCGCGCCCUUCAACAACGAGGCCAGGCUUUGCCACCAAUUGUUUCUCGUACAUAUGCCAGCAGCGCAGUGCCUGGCCAAUCCUCCAAUGUAUCCAACCCGCAGGCGAGCAGCGCUGAGAGCCAGUCCAUCAACCACAGCGCCUCGAUUGGGCAGACAGACAAGAAUGAUAGCGACCACGUAUCGAUACAGAACCCAGUUAGCCACCCAGAAAAUGAUCGUGUAGGAGCGUCGGAGGAGGGGACUGAGAGCCAGGACCACAUGAAGCAUGAUCCAAAUGAGUCGGAUGCGAAGAAGAGAGAGAAGACGUUGGAAUAUGGUCAGAACAAGCCUUUAGAUGCGGCUGAUAAGUAG